AUGCCUGAAUGGAAUAAGAUGCUGACUGAGAACAGUUUUUGCAAGAGGAAAAUUUAUAAGAAGCUUCUCAAUAACAGACAAGAUGUGUCGUGGAAAAAAUUGUUCUACAAUAAUGAAGCAAGACCUAGGGCAGGUUUUACCUUAUGGAUGGCAUGCCUCGACCGCCUUGCGACAAAAAGUAGACUCAGGAAGUUUGGUAUGUUGGAUAAUGAUAGAUGUGUCAUGUGUGCUGAAAGUGAAGAUUUGAACCACCUUUUCUUUAUGUGCACUAAACCCAGGAGCAUUUGGCAAGAGAUCUUGAGGUGGCUUCAUGAAGAUCAUGUCCCUAGCAUGUGGGAGUGUGAACUGCAGUGGAUGGUGAACAGAUGCAAGAGCAAAAGCUGGAAGUCUGUUCUUUUGAAGACUGCCUUUGCUGAGACAAUCCAUGCUUGCUGGUUGUAUAGAAAUAGCUUGAUUUUUAAGAAUGAGGAUAAAGAUAGUGGAACACAUAGGAAUAUAGCAAGAGAUAUUAUUGAUAGAAUAGUGCAAAGAGUUUGGAAUAAAACAAGUCUUAGAGGGAAAAUUGUUCCAUUCCUUCUUUGA